AUGGCAGAAGCAUGCCACCACCAGCCCGUUGCAAUAGAGCUCUCCAAAGCAGAGCGCUUCAAAGCUACGCACCUCGCCGCGCGCCAUGGCAACUACCACCAAUAUUACUCUAAGUUCCGGGCACCCACCGUUCCGGACGUGCGCCUUUCAAUUCUCCCAUCAGAUAUCCUCCGCAACGCGCGAGUCAUAGAUCUAGGCUGCAACGCGGGCAAAUUGACCCAUAAGGCGAUAGCACACUACGGCGCGGCCUCCUCAGUGGGCGUUGAUAUCGACCCGUGGCUGGUUGAGCAGGCGAAGGCGGCGUAUCCGAACGGGCCAUACACAUUUAAGCACUUUAACUUUGUGGAUGCGUCCGCGUACACGGUACCGCGCUGGGCAAGUUCGACGUUGUCCUACUACUCUCUAUGA